AUGAAAGAUACAUUGGCAGAACAGCCUGAGAAGAAACUUAGUCACAGAAUUCGUCCAAAAAGAGCAAAAGUUUCGGAAGUCAAAACUUUACUGGAAAAACCUGAUCAUGAGAUAGAUCGCAUGAAGCUAAGUGUGAUGCAUCUCAGGUUGUUACAUGACGCCAGAGAGCGUAUUAAGAGUAAGACAAUUCCGUCAGGACCAUCAUCCUCUAAUCAAAGCACCUCCCAGUUUGGAGAUACCAACAGUUUUGAUCAUUUUGAAGAGAACUAUGACAAUGACAGAAGAGAGAACCACGUGCUAGAAAAUGCAACCAAACUGAAUUACCAUUCCUACAUGAACAAACAAGCACGGGCCAAAUGGUCAAAAUCUGACACUGACUUAUUUUACCAGGCUCUUCAACAAUUUGGUAGUGAUUUUGCAAUGAUACAGCAGCUAUUCCCUGAUAAGUCCCGUGAUCAGGUGCGGCAGAAGUUUAAAACCGAGGAGAAAAAACAUCCAAUGCAAGUCCACGAUGCUAUACUUCAUCGCUCAAGAGAUAAUUUGUAUUUAAAACAAGUAAUCAAACAGCUCAACAUUGAAGAUCUGCAGAGGGACAUCAACAGUACACAUAAACAAGAGGUUGCAUCAAUUGAAGGAGACACUGGAAAUGAGCAUGUGUUGCAGGACUUCAUGGAGGAAGAGAAUGAUUCAAAUUGGUCAGAUAAAGAGCUGGGCAUGCGCCAAUCUGAGGUCAGAGAGGGGGAGCAUGUUUCUGGGAAUGCUGAUGAUGACCUGGAUCUGGAUGUUUUUGAUUGGUACUAG